AUGGUGCUUUUACAGAGUACUCGUGACAUAUUCCUAUCCACCACUGAUUUGAACAGUGAAUGCGAACUUAGAAUCUGGGAUGUAAAAGUAGGAGAAGUGGGGUGUAAAAUGGCCUUCUCCCGAAAUAAAAUUAAGGAUGUUCGAGCAGUGGGCAAAAAGUUCUAUCAUGUUCUGUAUCCCAAGGAGAAAGAAAGCUUAUUAAAGGAAUGGGAUCUUUGGGGACCACUAGUAUUAUGUACAUUCAUGGCAAUGAUAUUACAAGGUUCUUCUGAUACAGCAAAUAAUUUUAAUGAUGGGGGACCAGAAUUUGCAGAGGUUUUUGUAAUUGUAUGGAUUGGAUCUAUGGUUGUUACUCUGAAAUUUCAUUUUCUACAUACAUUUAUGCAAUGUAUAUUCCAUUUGAAUAUAUAA